GGCAGUUAAAUAUGUGUGAACAAAAUAACUCACACUAACUGACAGCAAGUUGACUCACUGUACAAGACUUCUCCCCUUCACUUCACUCUACUGCAGGGUGGGAGAUGCAACAAUGGUCUUGAGAACAGCAGGAAGUGUGUUGGUGGUCUUUCUCUGGUCUGUAGCAGUGGUACUGGGUCAGAAUGGCUGGAGUGUUACAUACACCACUCAGAGUAUCUGUACCUUGAAGGGGUCAACAGUGGAGAUGUCCAGCUCUUACACAUAUCCCAGUGGUACAGUCACAACAACCUUCUGGUUCAUAACAAAUAAUGCUGAGGGAAUCCUGUUUGUCUGAGUGAUGACCCAGACUACAAAGGACGUGUGACGUAUCGUAGUGAUAAGAUGAAUGGACACACCCUGACAAUCACAGACCUGAGAGAGAGUGACUCAGCUGAGUACAAAUUCAGAUUUAUAACAGAUCAGACUGGAGGGAAAUAUUAUGGCAAACCUGGAGUCACUCUGUCUGUUACAGACCUGCAGGUGAAGGUGACCACUACAUGGUGGUCAACGACACUGACCUGUAGCACCACCUGUACUCUGACUGGUAACCCCACCUACACCUGGUACAGGAACAGUAAGAUUGUACAAAAGGACCCCUCCCCUCAUACACAAUCCACUUUAAAACUGAAGACAGCUUCUACUGUGCUCUCUAUGUAUGAACAAUGUGUUACAUAUUGUCCACCAGACGGCCCAAAGAACACCUCAGUGUCAGUCAGUCCCUCUGGUGAAAUAGUGGAGGGCAGUUCAGUGACUCUGACCUGCAGCAGUGAUGCCAACCCACCUGUGGACAAAUACACCUGGUACAAGAAGAACGUAACCUCACCAAAAGCAUCAGGACAGAGUUACAACAUCACUAACAUCAUCUCUGAGGACAGAGGAGAAUAUUACUGUGAGGCCCAGAAUGGAAGAGGAUCUAUGAACUCUACAGCUCUGAUGAUCAUUGUAGCAGGGAAACCAACCUCCUUUAUGACUGCAGCUGUAAGAAUCAUAGUGGUUGUUCUGGUUCUCAUCCUCUGUCUCUCUGGCUUCAUGUGGUUCAGGAAGAAGGCCUCCAAAUCCACCUCUGACACAAGAGACACAUCAGAGAAUGUACAGGGAGACUCUAGUCCAGUGUAUGACAACAUCUCAGGCAUGGCCAUGACCUCUACUGCAGCACAGACAGAGUCCACAGACAACCAGGAUUAUGUUCACUAUGCCAGCGUCCACUUCUCUGGCUCCAAAAACCAGGAAGUGCCUCUGUACUCCACCGUCCAGCUGCCUCAGCCCCAGAUUCAGGACGAGGAUGUCCAGUAUGCUGCUGUGAAAUUCAGCCGCUCAGUGCUGCCACCCGGUGAAUAUUUUCUGCCAUUACAACAGAGUCAAUACUAG